AAAGGGGCGGUUAGCAAAAAUAAACAACCGUCUGCCUGGGGGUUAGCGACUCAAGAUGGCGGCGCUGCGGCCGAGCCGUUUGGGUCUGGGGUCUCUUCUCCUCCUGCUGCUGCUCGCUGUGGGCGACGAGGCGGCCCGACCCGAAUUAGAGCCCGUUCCGGAGUCCCUCUCCGAGUCUUUCGAGCCGGCGCUGGGGAACACCGCCCCUUGCCAGCGGACGUGCCAGAGCACCUACCCGCUCCAUACUUACCCCAAGGAAGAAGAGCUCUAUGCCUGUCAAAGGGGCUGCAGACUCUUCUCCAUUUGUCAGUUUGUGGAUGAUGGGAUUGAUUUGAAUCGGACCAAGUUGGAAUGUGACUCUGCAUGUUCUGAGGCAUAUACCUCUCAGUCUGAUGAACAAUAUGCUUGCCGUCUUGGAUGCCAGAAUCAGUUACCAUAUGCUGAACUGAGACGAGACCAUCUCAUGUCCUUAAUGCCAAGAAUGCAUCUUCUGUUCCCACUUACACUUGUGAGAUCAUUCUGGAGUGAUAUGAUGGAAACAGCCCAUAGCUUCAUCACCUCCUCAUGGACUUUCUACCUUCAAGCUGAUGAUGGCAAAAUAGUAAUAUUCCAGUCAAAGCCAGAAGUUCAGUACAUUGAAAGUCCUGGUCAGGAAACACAGGAUUUAAAAGAACCAUCAUUUCGCAAAGCAUCUUUAGAUCUGCAGCCAGGAGGUCCACAGACACACAAGGGAUUCUUCGACGAGGAUGAAAGUGAUAACUUCUUCAAAUGUGUUUCAAUAAAUUCUGGCUGGAUACUGACAACCACACUUGUCCUUUCUGUACUGGUGUUGCUCUGGAUUUGUUGUGCAACUGUUACUACUGCUGUGGAGCAAUAUGUUCCAUCUGAGAAGCUGAGUAUCUAUGGGGAUUUGGAAUACAUGAAUGAACAAAAACUGAAUCGAUAUCCAACUUCUGCUCUCAUUGUGGUUAAAUGCAAGGCUGAUGAAGAAGAAGCUGGACCUCUACCUACGAAAGUUAACUUAACUCAGUCAGCAAUAUAGAUUUAAAAAAUGAAUUCAUUAUCUUAUUCUAAGAUUUCUGUUAACUUUGGUGACUUUUUCCAAUGAAGAGGCUUGUGCAGGGGUAGUCAAAGUUCAGAUUCAAAUAAAGUUACAGAAUUGAUUACUGUUA